AUGCUCGAACAAAACUAUUUGGAUAAAUUUAAACCAUUUCAAUGUCCUAAUAUCAUCAAUAAUGAAGAGUCAAAUGUAUCAUCAGUUGAAUCUCAUACUGAUUACUGUGUUGAGUUGGAAGUUAUUUGGUCAAUAAAGAACAAUAGCCAAGUAACAUCUGAACAAAUGCUUUAUUACGAUGAGCGAGAACUUUCCAAUCGUCUUCCGAAUAAUAAUAUACAAGUGCCUUCUUACGAAGAGGAACACUGCUUGAAUACAGCACCAGUAUUAUCAGUAUCAAAGAGCAUUGAUUCGACUCAAUCUGAUAAUAACGGGGUCUCCCCAUCCGACAUUAACUAUCAAACUUUGAGCAUCAAUCCUAUUGCAAAUAAACAAGAUUCAACUUCGUUGAUGUUACAUAAAAAAGAUUCAAUUUUAAGUACGACCGUCGACACGAAGAUUCCCAUUGAUGUUCUAUUGGUAUCAUCGACAGAUGAAAAAACUAGUUCAGAACAAUCUAGUGAUGCGGCAUAUAUAUCACCAGAGUCAAAAAUUCCAGUUACCUCGACUAUUGGAAAGGCGUAUCCAUUAUCUACUAUACUAGAAUUUAAUAAUAUUACUGGUUACGAUACAAAUAUACAAAUAAAUUCACCAUUAUCUCCAUCAAACGUUUACCCUACUACUAAUUCCAAAUCAAAUGCAUGUCAAUUGUUGUCUAUAACAACAAAUGAAAACUUAGGUUGUAAUGCAAAGGAUUCGACAGGUAAUGAUGACGAUUUCAAUAUGAAACCAUGUUUCGGUGACACUGAUUGUGAUGAAAUCUAUCGAACAGCACACAAAGGUCCGGAAAUAGGACGAGGAUCAUAUGGUAUUGUUUCGUUAUAUGUCACAAGGACCAAAAGAAUGAUUGCUGUCAAAGAAAUAAAACUUGACGAAGAUGACAGUGAACGACUUUGUGGCGAUUUUAAAUGGGUACAAGAAGUCUAUAUUCUUCGUGCACUCGAUCAUCCUUAUGUUGUCAAAUUUUAUGGCAUCUCAAUUGAAAAUAGCCGUUUGGUAAAAAUUUUUACGGAAUAUGUUCCAAAUGGAACAGUCGACAAUAUGCUCAAAUUGUUUGGUCCGUUUCCUAAUAAUGUUUUACAAAAGUAUACAAGGCAAAUUGUUGAAGGUGUUGCUUAUCUUCAUGAUGAGGGUGUUAUUCAUCGAGAUAUUAAAGGCAAAAAUGUGAUGCUGGAUAAAUAUGGCAAUAUCAAACUGAUUGAUUUUGGUUGUGCAAUAAGGCUUAUGGAAAAUCCAAAUACGAAUUCAGUAGAACAAAUAUUUGGGUCGCUGGAAGGUACACUCUAUUGGAUGGCACCCGAGAUAAUUACAAAAACAGGGCAUGGAGAAAAGGCAGAUAUUUGGUCGAUUGGAUGUACACUAUAUGAAAUGGCUACAGGAAAACCACCAUGGUUAUCUGAAGACAAUUUUUAUGCUGUUCUAAUCAUCAUUGCUCAGGGCACAAAACCAUCAGGUGAUCUACCUGAAAGAUGCUCGCCAGAAGCUCAAAAUUUUUUCCGGUUAUGUCUUACUCGUGAUCCAACAUUGAGACCUUCGGCAAGCGACUUGCUGUCUCAUACGUUUCUUAACUCUUGA